AUGUCUGUUUCCGACCACACCUUAGGUGCAGUUGCGACUACCAAGCACCGGAGCCUCGAGUCCGCUGAGCCCCUACCCGUGGCGGUUGAGGAAAUCACUCCAGGCUGGCUGUCCAAGAUCCUAGGAGUCAGAAUCGACGAUUUGAAGAUCCACGAGAUCAUCCAUGGCUCAGGGACCAACGUCCUCAUCGAGGUGACUUAUCCCAAGAGCCAGGGCUGCUCCAAAAAGCGCCCGCCGACCCGCCUCUGCGUCAAAGGAGGCUUCAACCCCCAGCUCCUGGAGGUGCUCCCCUCGCUCUUCGCGGUUUACCGCCUCGAGGCCCAGUUCUACCAUCACGUCGCGCCACUAAUCCCAGGGCUCCGACUUAUCCCAACCCAGUGGUGCGGCACCGACCCGCCGGGCGCGAGGGGCCAGGGCAUCGUGGUGAUGCAGGACAUCAAGGCCGCCGGCUACACCUUCGGGGACCCGCUGCGCACGUGGCCCGUGGCCCGCGUGCGGGCGGGUCUCGUCCAGCUCGCGAAGCUGCACGCGCGCACCUGGGGCGCGCGCGAGGCCGACUUCCCGGGCGUGCCGCGCGAGUUCGGCCUGCGCGAGGUCAUCACGGGCAUGAUGAGCCCCGAGAACUGGGCGCUGCGGUUCGGCGACCCGGCGGUGCGGCCGCCGAUCCCCGAGGGGCUCUGGGGCGACCGCGAGAGGGUCGUCCGGGGGAUGCAGGCGCUGUGGGCGAACGCGGACCGCAGGAUGGUGUGCCUUGUCCACGGUGACACGCAGAUUGGGAACACUUUCAUCGACGCGGAUGGGCAGCCUGGGUUUCUGGACUGGCAGGGUGUCCAUGUGAACUCGGGGGUGCACGAUGUUACGUAUUUCAUGACGGGGGCUCUCACUAUCAGGGAGCGGAGGACUCAUGAGAGAGAGCUGUUCGGCUUCUACUUGAGUGAGUUGCACAACGCUGGUGCGCCGAAGUUUGAGGUUGAAGAUGUAUGGGAUGAAUACCGCAAGUACCAAAUGCAGGGCUUUGCCUGGGCUCUGGCCGGACCUAUGAUGCAGCCCAAGGAGGUCGUCGACGCAAUCUCACAGCGUCACUGUGCUGCAAUUAUGGACCACCGGAGCCUGGAACUGCUCGAGUCACUUGCUGGAGCCCAGCCAGGGACAAGAGGAAGACCGGAGAGUUGA